AUGAUCCUGGAGCGUGUAACAAUCAGUAGCAGCGAUACUCCUCUGCACGUUGCUGCCAUGCUUGGACACGUUUAUUUUGUGAAGGAACUCAUCAGACGUAAAAUUAAUGCAGUGGAAUAUCUUCACGAACUGAACCAACAUGGGUUUGGCGCUAUUUACAUGGCGGCAGCAACUGGCCACAACGUGACAGUCCGAGAGCUUUUGAAAGUAAGUAAUGAAGUUUGCAAUCUCAAAGGAAUGAAUGGAAUGACUCCUCUUUAUUGUGCUUGCACCAAAGGAAGGGUUGAGAUAAUUAGUCAUCUUCUUGCGGUUUCUUGUACCACUAUUUCAGAGGUAGCCGUAAGAGGCGAAACUGCUCUUCAUCUCGCUGUGAAAAACAACCAGUUUCAGGCUCUUGAAACUUUGUGGAAUGGUUAA